UCUUGUGAAACGGUGUAUUUUAUAUUAAAACCGAAUUAAACGAGUGUCUUUGAACGCAGCAGUAGCCUUCAGCUGUCUGUGAACAGAGCAGCUGUCACACUAGUGUGAGCGUCCUCUCAAACGACACGAACUGAAAGUUUUAACAGGCUUCGCCAGAAUGGCACGUGGGCAUCAGAAAGCUCAGUCGCAGCAAAAAAACGCCAAGAAACAGGCGGAGAUGAAGAAGUCCAAGAGUCACGAUCAGAAGACCGCAGCCAAGGCAGCGCUUGUGUUCACCUGCGCUGUGUGCAGGUCCCAGAUGCCCGAUCCAAAAACCUUCAAACAACACUUCGAGAGCAAGCACCCGAAAUCCCCUCUGCCCCCCGAGUUGGAGGGAGUGGAGGCAUAAACGGUCCACCUGAAUACCAAACCCGAUUUCCUUCAAGGUCCAGCCCAAACUCUGCACUUGUCUCAGUCUGACAGCAAUGGAUGAUUUGAUGUAACCAACAUGAAGCAGUUAUCUUCAUUUAGGCUUUAACAGGCCCGGUUGCCUUUAACACAAUGCUUCUUCCCAUCAAGCCCUCUUUUUUUCUCUUGUGUUAAAAUACAUGCAGGGCUAAAUUUAAAUGCCGGUUUUAAUUUCAAGGCCACUGAAGACCUGAACGACCCAGGAACAAUCCAAGUGUGGCGCACUGCCCUGAUGUCUUGUGCACAUAGGUUAGGACAUACAUUAUCAGAUUAAUCCUUUAUCGCAAAUACAACACAUAAGGUAAACACAUAAACAAUACGUGGGUUUGGCUUGGGUGGGAUAAUUAUGAUUUUAAUUACAAAUGGCAAUGACAAACGUGACCUCGUCUAUUUUAUUUGUGCUUUGAAUUUAUCUUUGAGAUUAAAUCAAAAUGGGGCUGUUAUUUGUUUUCUUAUCAGUUGGAUAAGAAAUGCCACCACAGCGCUGUCUGCCAUGUGCUACUGCUGUCUUUAAUCCAGCUAAUCAUCGUUUCAUGUUGAGUCACAAAAAUGUGAAAUUUUGCUAGCCAUUUCCAAGCUGCUCCAUGGAUUGUUAGCUAAUAAAAUUUUACGGGAGCGCAUCAGCAACCUGUGUACGCUUGGAAAAUGAAUGAAUGCUCCAAUGAUGUAUUAUAGCAUUUUAUUAAAUUUUACUUUGUUGUAUA